UGCUGCUCACCUGCAGCCCCCUGUGGGGCUGUCCCCAACCCUGCCACCAGAGGGGACAUCCACUGCUUUGGUGCUUUCUGUCCCUGCUGCCCCACCAGUGGGGUACUGGUCCCUGGGCUCUGUCUCUGCAUCUCCUCCCAGUGCCACGUCCCGUGGUGUCAGCCACCUGCCCGUGCUGGUCCCUUCGGAGGGGCUCAGGGGACCUGCUGUCACCUCAGAGGAACGAAUUGACCCCUCCCCACUGCCUACCCACCUGGCUCUGCCUCCAUCCUCUGAAGCCCCUCCUGUCCCCAUGUGGAUGUGGGUCCCCAGCUCCUCAGGUCCUGCUGGGGUGAGCUCGGCAGCUCCUGGUGCCACCAAAGCCCCCUGUGAGGAUGGAGCAGCUACGGGGGCUUCUUGGCCUCCAGAACCCCCACUGGGCUCUGCGCCACCUUCCAGCUCCAGCCCCCUUGCUCCCAGGCACCCCCCCAGCACCACCAGCUCUCCAUCCCCAUCCCACCCACCGGCUUCCCCUGCCCCAAGAUCGUGGACCCCAGCAGCACCAGCGGUCACACCUGAUGCUCGUCCCACGUCCAGCCCUUCUCCUGCCACCUCCUGGCACCCCUCUGAUGUCCCCACGGCCACCAGCUGGGUGGCAGCAGGAGGAACCCUCCCUGCAGAAGCCGCAUCGAGGAGCGCUCCUGGCUCAGUGGGGGCGCAGCCUCCUGUGCACACCCUGCCCCUGAGCUUCAGGCUCCUGGGCAUCGCUUACACCGAGGCUCUGAGCUGCAGGGCCUCGGGGAGCUACAGGCAGCUGGAGGACGAAGUGAGGCUGAUGCUGGGCCAGGCGCUGUCCUCCUACGAGACCUUCCUCCAGGCCAACAUCCUCGAGUUCAGGAACGGCUCGGUGCUGGUGCACGGGGAGGUGUUGUUCCGGGGGGAUGCCCCCAGCAGCUCCCACCUCAUCCGCACGCUGCUCACAGGGGUGAGCAGAGCAGGGGAUGCCUUCAGCUGGCGGCUGGAGCCCCGCUCCGUCUGGUCUGGAGGCUUCAGCUUGGAGAACCUGGACCCGGAGAAGCUGUCCAUCUCUCUCACCGCCCUCCAGCUCAGCCAGGAUGGGGCAGAGCCCCUGGUGAGCGAGGUGACUCGGGCUCUCAGUGCCCUCUACCCUGUGAGGAACUUCACCAUCGGCCGCCUCAGACCCCUCGGGGGGGACCUGGAGCUCACUGGGGACCUCUACCUGGACACGGCUGUCCACGCCGAUGUGGUGGCCGUGCUGCAAGCCCUGACAGUGCUCUCCAGCAGCUCUGUGGACCUCAGCUCGCUCUCGGUGCAGGGAGCCAGGCUGCCCCUGCGGGUGUACCCCGUCUCCUUCCUCGUCACCAACAGGCGCUUCAGCGAGCGCCUCCUGGACCCGCUCGCUGCGGAGCACCGGGGGCUCGCCAGAGACCUGGGAGAGGCGGUGGCGAGAGCCCUAAAGGGGCACAGGAGCUUCCUGCAGGCAGUGAUAAGAGGAUUUCUGCCUGGCUCCCUGCUGUGCCAUGGGGAUGUGCUCUUCCAGCCCCCUGCUCCCACCAGCCUGGAGGUCCUGGAGGCGCUCGCUCUUGCCGUGGGGCCGGACGAAGCCUUGGCUGGCUCUGACUUCCAUGUGGACCCCUAUUCCAUCGCUGUUGGAGAGGACACCCUGGAGCCCCCUCCUGCUCCCGGCUUUCCUGAGUCUGCAGUGGCAGUCAUGGUCGUGUGCGUCCUCGGCAUCGUUACCGUGCCCAUUGUCUUGCUGGUGGUCCUGAGGACCAAGAGGGGCAGCUGGAGUGACGUGGCUGUCCUGUGGGACAGGAGAGACCCCGAAGCAGGGACACAGACCCUGGAGAUGGAGAACCAAGGGUUCUGGGUGGCCUCUGAGCAGGACACAGAGGAGGCUCCUGUGUGCUGGCAGACGGACUCAGCCUGAUGAGGGAAGGAGCUGCUGGGCUGAACGAGGCGAGGAGAAACGCUGCAGCGCUGUCCCCGCUCCCCCUUCCCUGCGGCAUGCCAGCUGCCCCCUGAGAAGGAUGCAGGCUCUGGUGUAACUUUUUGUACGGUGAGCUUUAAUAAACUGUUUGUAGAACCCCA